UCUCAUCUGGUCUGGGUUUUGAAGCCUUUCCCAAGAAAAGUUUGGGAAGCCCAAAUGCUACAAAUCCCCCCAAUUUCGCCCAUUGAUGGCAAUUUGGCGCCAUCUACGCCACUCGAAAAGUCAUAUUUCAUUGUGAAGUCGAAGCAGUAGCACACUAGCGCCAAGCGGAGAAGAACACAACGCCAGACACCAGGCAAUAAUGGUAUUCCUCCAUCAUCAAAUCCCUUCCCGGAAGAGACAUUCUUUGUCCUCUGCCUCCACCCUCCCUCCAACGAAAUUCCCCAAAUCCACUGCUGAUGAACCUUCAUCUUGUUCAGAAAAAAAUGGCCCCAUUGAUAAAAUGUUGUGUGUUCUGGCAGAUGCAGGCUGUACACUGAACAAUCCCUCGGGCCCGCCCUGCCUUCCUGCUAAUCUCUACAAGCUCCGCUCCCAUCUCGACCGCCUAUUUUCUGCUUCAGAAAAUGGAGCUGCUACGCGCUCUCAUUUCCUUGCUGGUUUCUCUUCUUACAUCGACUCUCCCAAAAAUCUUCAGAGGGUUUUGGUUUCUUCGAACCAAUACUGCAGUAGUGAAAGCUUACUGCGACAACUUUUGCUGGUUCCGGCCAUCCAAUUGGACCUUCAAAUGUUGCUUCUGCAGAAACUUCCUGAAUAUUUUGAUGUGCAUCCUGAAUGUUCGCUCCAGGACGACUCCGCUCGACUUAUCGUUAAUCAAUUUCGAUGGCUUGAUUUUAUGGUUGAUUCUAAUGCUUUCUGCGAUAAAUUGAUGCAAGUUCUUUCUAUUUGCCCUCUACAUUUGAAGAAAGAGAUUAUAGGAUCAUUGCCCGAGAUAAUAGGUGAUCAAAAUACUAAGGCUGUAGUUGAUUCCCUUGGACAAAUGCUCCAGGAAGAUUCUUCUGUCAUAAUUUCGGUGCUUGACUGUUUUUCCAACCUUAACUUGGAUGAGAUUUUGCAAGAACAGGUUGUUACUAUAGCAAUGUCUUACAUUAGGACAAUUGACGGAGAACACAUGCCUUAUUUACUUAGAUUUUUACUACUUUCGGCAACCUCUCAGAAUGUUCGAAGAAUAGUGUCGCAGAUUCGGGAGCAGCUUAAGUUCAUAGGGAUAUCAAAUUCUCAUUCAAUCCAGCACAAAAAACUCAAGGGAAAAUCACCCUUGGGCAAUAAUACAGAGGCUUCUGUUCUUGAUGCCUUAAGAACUAGUCUUCUAUUCAAGAAUAUGCUACGCCAAGAGAUUCUGAAAGAAUUGAUCAGCCUUGAGAGGCCCCAGGAUCAUAAGGCCAUAGACCUGUGGCUUCUUGUGUUGUUAUACAUGAAUGGCGAAACCAUGCAAAAGAACAUUCAGAAGGUUGUUAAGAAGAAAGUUGUUGAUAAUUGUAUCCAGAAAGUUAUGGUUGACCAGUGUAUUUGUGGGAAUAAAGAAUUGGUACAGGAUUGUUUCCUGUCCUUCCUUUCUCUAUCGGAGUACUUAUUGGCACGCAGAGAACAGAAGGCUAGGGAGUUUGGCGCUCACAUUUAUAUUUGUCUGUUUGAAGAGUUAGGAGAUACGUACUGUAGACAGGAAGUUCUUAGUGCACUUAUAACUCAUCUUGGAUCUGGAGUUAGCUUUGAAGUGAAUUCUGCUCUGGAGGUCUUGGCUUUGCUAGCCUCCAAAUAUGCCCAAGAGUUAAUUCCACUUACUACGCAUAUAAAUGGUAUAUUGGAUUACUUGGAGGGAUUUAGCAUUGACAAUCUACACAAGGUUUAUGAAAUUUUCAGUCACCUCACACUGUUUGCUCGAUCUACUACUGAAUGUUUUGGAUCUUCCUUUGGAAGUGAGGUUUUAAUGAUAGUACGAAAGCAGGUCAACCAUCCUGAUCUGAAGUACAAAAAGAUGGGUCUAAUUGGAACUCUAAAAAUAAUUUCCUGUCUUGCAGAUGCAAAUGAAGUUAGUAGUACAUCAGUUCAGAAGCAGGUGUCUUGUUGUUCUGAUCCUGCAGCUGAGUUACCGCUAUAUCUGUUUCUUUUGUGCGAUAUUCACAACAAAGUGGACACCCUUACUUCUGGAAAGCAAAUUGCAUGCAGAUGCAGAAGUCCGGCUCCUGGUUUCAGCAGAAUGACUGUGGCAGAAUUCCUAAGCAAAAUUAGACCACUCUUCCCAUAUCUCAGGAGUCAUUUUGAUACUGCAGUUUCUACUCUGAAAGAAGGUGAUGAAUCUUGUGAAGAACAUUGGAAAGUGCAGUCUGCAUUUGCUGGCAACCCAGAUAUAGCCAACAUGUUUCCAAAAUCUUCAGUUUCCAUUCUGUUAUGUAACGAAGUUCUUCAUUGUUUCAGUAAGAUGCUAAACCUUCCUGAAGUUCAAAUGGAAAAGGCAGUUAUCUCAGAUCUGCUUGAAGCCUUCCAGCCAAGCAAAAUAUCCAAGUGUGUUUUUUCUACCAUACAACCUAGCCCCUUACCUGGGACGAUAGAAUAUUUAUAUCUAGGUGCUGCUUCAUUUUUAGAAGAUGUUUUGGAUACAGCUUGUUCAUUCUCCUUCACAUUGGCUUCCGAAUCUCUUCUUACUCUAGAGUCAAUGGUUACCUCAAUCCAGACAUUCCUUGAUAAGUUGGAGAGCAAUGGUAAAAGUAUAUGGUCACAGUCCACUCAUGGGGUGCUUCAAAUAUUACGCCGUAGACUUGGAACUUCUGCCCAGAAGCUUUUAAAGCAUAGCUGGAAUGGUGAAAAUCUUGAGAAUGGCUGGAAAAACAAAGGAGAAGUUGUGGAGAAGAUAUUGUGUAUCUACUUGGAGAAUAGUGAGUCUAAAUCUGAUUUGCUGGAUGAGCUGGCUUGCAACGUUUUGCCUCAGGUUUCUUCAUCUAGAAGAAUGGCAGAAGAUCAUGGUUUUCAGACUCUAUGUAAUGAAACAUUUGUUGUGUGGUAUCACGUGCUGCAUGAAGUGAACCUUGCUACUCUUAACCAUUUGGUUAAAGAUGUCAUUCUCAGGAAAUCCAGAGCUGAUGAUCAGCUUGAAACUGUUGAAAAGCAGUUGGUAGAAAUACAAAGGUCUGUGAACGCGUUGGUUUCAUUGGUUAAUAUUUGCAGGACUCAUGACAAGGUAAAUGUGCAUGCCAUGGCUAUUAAAUAUGGUGGGAAGUUUGUUGAUUCAUUCCUCAAAGUGUUUGAUUUCUUACAGGCCCACUUUCAAACACACAAUGAGCUUGUAAUCCAAUUGGUGAAGGAGCUUCAAAAGGCCACGAGAACGAUACAGACCAUAUGUUCUGAAGCAAAGGGCUUGAAACAAGUUGCUAGCACUAGCAAAAUUCCUUCUACAAAGCGGUCUAUAGAAUGCUUUUUGUUCCGCGUGAAGGCUCUUCUUCAUACAACAUCAAAUGGAUGCACUUUUUGGAUGGGAAAUCUGAAACAUAAGGACUUGAUGGGUCAGGUGGUAAGCUCCCAAGCAUACGUGGAUGAGCAGGCUGAGCCUGCUAAUGUUGAUGGAGAUUUGGCAGAAGUUGAGGACAGCGCUCAGCCUGCUAGCGCUGCUGGUGAGCACGAAGACGGGGAGUGAAAUCUGCCUCUUUAAUGAUAAUAAGUAUUAUAUGUCGCGCGUGUAAAGCUUUUAUUAGUCUGUCUGGGUUAUUGACCCAAAAGAUUCUGACUUUACAGAUGGUAGUCGAUUUGAUUUUAUUAUUAAUUCGUGAUUUCUCUUUGCAUGUGUAUAGUUUUAUAUUAGCACAUUAUUAACAUCCGUAUGAAUUCCAGACAUCUUAUUAGCAUUAAAUUAUUCAAUUUUCAUUCACCAUUAA